AUGCGAAUUGCAACCCGAACAUGUGCACAAGAAUACGUCACGCUCCCUACAGCCUCCCCACCGUCCUCCAUCGUCAAGCGCAGCGAUAUCGCCACUCCUCUCGCUACGCCCCUCGCUACCCCUCUCGCAACGCCCCUCACAACGCCCCUCACAACGCCCCUCACAAGCCCCGACGUCGAACAAACGAAUGAGUUGUAUAUCUGCAAGUGUAUUAUAAAGACUGAACCCCACAAUACCACCUGUGGAGCUAGCUUUCUCGAGGCCAGCAAACUCCAAGAGCAUUUAAUCCAUGCCCAUGUUGGCGCUAUUGAAGGCCCCCAGGGACAUGGCUUCUAUUGCUGCUGGGAAGGUUGCCAUCGCCCCAAUGAGCCGUUUUCGCAAAAGUCAAAACUUCAAGGACACUUCCUGACACAUAGUAAUCACAAAGGCUUCCAAUGCUCCACGUGCGCGAAAUGCUUUGCGAGGCAGGCAACGCUGGAGCGCCACGAGAGAAGUCAUCGCGGGGAAAAGCCUUACGUCUGCAAGUUGUGUCAGAAGGCGUUUACAGAUAGUAGCGAGCUGAAAACGCACAUGCGAAUUCAUACCGGCGAAAAACCAUUUAAAUGCAAUUUUCCGGGUUGUUCUUUUGAGACUGGAGAUUCAUCAAAUAUGUCCAGCCACAAACUCACCCAUGGAGUCCGAAAGCACAAGUGUAACUUCCCCGGUUGUUCGAAGAGUUUCACACGGCCAGACCAGCUGAAAAGACACAUGAAAACGACCCAUAAAGUAAACGCCAACUCAUCCGUCUCUGUUUCACCACCUGCUGUUAGACAUUUUCCCCUAGCCCAAUUCCAACCACCCUCCGCGCGCUCACCAUUCUCCUUCCCCUACCAAACCGCUGCCAUCCCGAUGGCAACCGAAUAA